AUGUGGGUCCUCGGCAUCGCAGCAACUUUUUGCGGAUUGUUCUUGCUUCAAGGCUUUGCGCUGCAAAUCCAGUGUUAUCAGUGUGAAGAAUUCCAGCUGAACAACGACUGCUCCUCCCCCGAGUUCAUCGUGAAUUGCACGGUCAAUGUUCAAGACAUGUGUCAGAAAGAAGUGAUGGAGCAAAGUGCGGGCAUCAUGUACCGCAAGUCGUGUGCAUCAUCGGCAGCCUGCCUCAUCGCCUCGGCCGGGUACCAAUCCUUCUGCUCCCCUGGGAAACUGAACUCAGUGUGCAUCAGCUGCUGUAACACCCCUCUUUGCAACGGGCCCCGGCCCAAGAAACGGAGCAGUUCUGCCUUGGCCCUUCGGCCUGGGCUCCGCACCACCAUCCUGCUCCUCCAGUUAGCCCUCCUCUUGGCUCACUGCUGAAGUUGAAGGAGAUGAUGCUCACCCUUCCUGCGUCGUUCUUCCGGCCCUUCACUCCCUCUGCUCCCCAAGCUUCUCCUGGGUGUCCUUUUAUUCUGGGUGGGGAGGGGAGUGUGUCCUCUUUCUUUCAGUUCCUUUGCCAAUGCAAGAGCUCAGUGUAAAACAUUUUUUGUAAGCUCUGAAUAAAU